AUGCCGGUCCCCCUGCGCCUGGCGUGGCUGCUGUGGUUCUGCAGCCUCUGCCGCGGGUACUUCGAGGGGCCGCUGUACCCCGAAAUGUCCAACGGGAGCCUGCACCACUACUUCGUCCCCGAUGGGGACUACGAGGAGAACGACGACCCCGAGCGGUGCCAGCUGCUGUUCCGGGUGAGCGAGCAGCGGCGGUGCGGCGCGGCGGCGGGCGGCGGGCUCAGCCUGCGAGAGGAGCUGACGGUGUUGGGGCGGCAGGUGGAGGACGCGGGCCGGGUGCUGGAAGGCAUCGGCAGGAGCAUCUCCUACGACCUGGACGGCGAGGAGAGCUACGGUGCUUACCUGCGCCGCGAGUCCGCCCAGAUCAGCGACGCCUACUCCAGCUCGGAUCGCUCGCUGAGCGAGCUAGAGGGCAAAUUCCGUCAGGGGCAGGAGCAGGGCGGCCGGGAAGAGUCCCGUCUGGGCGACAGCUUCCUGGGGCUGCUGCUGCACGCCCGCGCCCUGCUCCGAGAGACCCGCCACGUCUCCAGCGGGCUGCGCGACAAGUACGACCUGCUGGCCCUCACCGUCCGCAGCCACGGCGCCCGCCUCAGCCGCCUCAAGAACGAUUAUCUCCGCGCCUGA